GUCAUGGACGGAUGGGCGUGGCUGCACAUCUCUGUGCUCUGAUUGGUCGGCUCGGUAUUGCCAGUACAGUAGUGAAAACCGGCCGUGUUGAUUUCAGAAGUCAUCAUGGCGCUUACACCGCCAGCCAAAGAGCACCCAUAUAGCCACCUCAUUGAAACACUGAAAGAUGACACGACCAAGUUCUUCAACCCACAGAAACUAAAUGAUCCACGAUAUGACAAGCUGCCUCUGUCCAUCCGUGUCCUCCUGGAGGCAGCAAUCCGUAACUGUGAUGGCUUCCACACCAAAGAAGCCGACGUGGAGAACAUUCUGGACUGGCAGCAGCAGCAGGAUAAAACCGAGGUGCCGUUCUCUCCAGCGCGAGUCCUUCUCCAGGACUUCACCGGUAUUCCUGCUAUGGUGGACCUGGCCGCCAUGAGGGAUGCUGUGGCCAAACAUGGCGUGGACCCUGGACUAGUCAACCCGAAAUGUCCCACAGACCUCAUCGUAGACCACUCGCUACAGAUUGACUAUAGCAAAUGUGCCAUUCAGAAUGCCCCAAACCCCGGCGGAGGAGACGGCCCCAACCAGAGCCAAGGUCCCUCCAGGCGAGGCUCUCAGUGCGGGGGCCAGCGGGGCUCCUGCAGCAAAGCCUCGUGCAGCGACCCCCCAGCCUCACCGGGUCGACCUGCAGCCGUCCAGCAGAUCGAGAACACUCCUCUGCUCUGCCCGUUCCACCUGCAGCCCCUGUCUGACACUGAAACAGCUGUGAAGAAUCAGGAACUGGAACUCGGCAGAAACAAAGAGAGGCUCGAGUUCUUUAAGUGGUGUUCAAAGGCGUUCAAGAAUGUGAACGUGGUCCCGCCGGACGUCGGCGCGGUGCACCAGGUGAAUCUGGAGUAUCUGUCCAGAGUGACAGUGGCCGACGGCUUCGUCUACCCCGACAGCGUGGUGGGAACCGACUCGCACACCACCAUGAACGGCCUGGGCAUCCUGGGCUGGGGUGUCGGGGGAAUAGAGUCUGAAGCGGUCAUGCUGGGCCAGCCGGUGUCUCUGACCCUUCCUCGGGUGGUGGGCUGCAAGCUGGUGGGCUCCAUCAACCCUCUGACCACCUCCAUAGACAUCGUCCUCGGCAUCACAAAGCACUUGCGGCAGGCCGGGAUCGCUGGGAAGUUUGUGGAGUUUUUUGGCGCCGGCGUCUCCCAGCUGUCGGCCCCCGACCGGACCACCAUCGCCAACAUGUGCCCAGAGUACAACGCCACCGUCAGCUUCUUCCCCGUCGACCAAGUCACCCUCAGGCACUUUAAAAAGACGAAUUUUACAGAGGAAAAACUUGAACUACUGGAGGCUUACAUGAGGGCUGUAAAGCUUUUCCAAAGCUACGAUGAACUCACAGAAGAGCCUCAGUACUCUGAGGUGAUUGAGCUCAACCUGAACUCCAUCGUGCCUCAUGUGAGCGGACCGAAGAGGCCUCAGGACAGAGUGGCAGUCAGCAGGAUGAAAGAAGACUUUCAGAGUUGUCUCGAUGAGAAGGUCGGCUUCAAAGGCUUCCACAUCUCCAAGGAGAAGCAGGACACGUGCGUCCCUUUCCUGCACUGUGGUCAGGAGUACCAGCUGGCCCACGGCUCGCUGGUCAUCGCCGCCGUCAUCAGCUGCACCAACAACUGCAACCCGUCCGUCAUGCUGACCGCAGGUCUGCUGGCCAAAAAGGCUGUGGAGGCGGGGCUUGUUGUCAAGCCUUACAUUCGGACCAGCUUAGCUCCUGGAAGUGGCAUGGUCACUCACUACCUCAAUACCAGUGGAGUGCUGCCUUACUUUAGCCAGCUGGGGUUCGAGGUGAUCGGCUACGGCUGCGCCACCUGUGUGGGGAACACGGCUCCGUUACCCGACGCCGUCGUGGAUGCAAUCAAACAGGGGGACCUGGUGGCCUGCGGAGUGCUGUCUGGCAACAGGCAAUUCGAAGGGCGCCUGUGCAACUGUGUGCGGGCCAACUACCUGGCCUCCCCCCCCCUGGUGGUGGCGUACGCUCUUGCAGGGACCGUGGGAAUCGACUUUGAGAAAGAGCCUCUGGGUGUGACCUCCGAGGGGAAGGAGGUGUAUCUCCGUGAUAUCUGGCCAUCCAGGGAGGAGGUCCAGCAGACGGAGGAGGACACCGUCAUCUCUUCCAUUUUUAAGGACCUCAGGGGAAGGAUGGAGAAAGGGAACUCGCUGUGGAACAACAUCGAAUAUCCAGAUUCUGUGGUUUUCCCCUGGAAUCACAGGUCCACGUAUAUCCGCCCGCCGUCUUUCUUCAGCAAGUUGAGUAAAGAGGUGCCCCCUCCUCAGUCGAUAGAGAACGCUCACGUCUUACUGUUCCUCGGUAACAAAGUGACGACGGACCACAUCUCCCCAGCCGGCAGCAUCGCCAGGGCCAGCGCCGCCGCCAAGUACCUGCUGAGCAAACGCCUGACCCCGCGGGAGUUCAACUCGUACGGCGCUCGCAGAGGGAACGACGCGGUGAUGACCAGAGGAACGUUCGCCAGCAUCAAGCUCCAGAACCGAUUCAUCGGCAAACCGGGGCCCAAGACGUUACACAUUCCUUCAGGCCAGACGCUGGAUGUCUUCGAGGCAGCUGAUCGCUAUCAGAGAGACGGCGUUCCCCUCAUCAUCCUGGCGGGCAAAGACUACGGCUCCGGAAACUCCAGGGACUGGGUGGCCAAAGGGCCGUACCUGCUGGGCGUCCGCGCGGUCAUCGCCGAGAGCUUUGAGAAGCUGCACAAGAAGCAGCUGGUGGGAAUGGGCAUCAUGCCGCUGCAGUUCCUGCCCGGCGACAGCGCCGACUCGCUGGGGCUCAGCGGGAAGGAGCGCUUCACCGUUGCCAUGGCGCAGCCCGGCGGGCCGAGCCCGGGGCAGCGGCUCACGGUGGAGACCAGCCAGGGGAAGUCCUUCUGCGUCACUGCGCUGCUCGACACGGAGAUGGACGUCACGCUGUUCCGACACGGAGGUCACCUGAGAUACGUGGCUCGGACGCUGCUGUGAGACGUCUCGACUGCCGAGGAUUUGUCCGCUUGAAGCUCUCCAGACUUUUGGAGUCGCGAGACGUCCCCUUUUCUGCGUCCUGGUCACCACGCGAUGACGUUCACUCAACGAGGAGAUGAAAACCCAAGACGACCUUCGGACAUCGUUGUUUUAGUUUUUAUUGUGUUGGAGGCCGGAUUUUGCUGCGUACCGAGAGGACGUUUGAGCUAAGAAGAAAUUAAUCCAGUCCGCUUCAAUCCUGCCUAGAAAGGCUGACAUGGUGCGCGGUACAACGCCGUGAAUACUUAGUUUUUUAGUUUGGACCCUGUUUUUACCAACAUACCAAGUAAAGUCUCCGUGCGGAAUUGACGUUUUGUGAGAAAUGUGAACUCCGUCUCAUGGCUGCAUCAUGAAGCUGCAUAGAAUGGAAUGGUCUACAGUCCUGUGCAUCCCAUUAAAGUUGAACUAUACAAUACAAACGUUGAUAAUCCAUUAGUGUUAAUCCACAAAGUAGCAGAUGCUUUUAAACGGUUUGAUUCCUUUUGGUGCAAAAAGAAGUUUGUAACAUUUCAGGCAAACUGGUGCCGAGGUGAGAAGUCAAAGCUGCAUUAAGUGUAAUCACAUCGCUCCGUAUCCUCGGUGCUCCUCACUUCUGUCAGAUUUAUCGAAUAUAACUAAAGCCCCUUGCAUGAGAUUAGCGAAAAAUGACUGAUAAUAAAUGCUCAUUUGUCAGUUUA